AUGGUUGAGGGCCCUGUCCGUUUCAUAAAGUCUCGGGUUUCUCAGGGUUUGAUCCGAGGUUGUGAUUGGGUUGCUGGAAUUCCAAAGCUUUCGCACCUUCAGUUUGUGGACGAUACUACUCUUAUUGGUCUUGCUUGCAUUCAAAAGGCUGAGUCUAUCAUAAAUUUGUUGGAUGUUUAUUUAGCUACGUCAGGACAACAAGUGAUUGAGCACAAGUCUUCUAUCUUCUUUUUCAAUACCCUUGCUCUUAUUCAGAGAAGAAUUGCCAAUAUUCUUAGGUUCCAAAUUGGUUCUCUUCCUUUCAUUUAUUUGGGGAUUCCUUUGGCAGUGAGCCGUCAACUAAGACCUUUUUGGCAGGAUUUGUUGGAUACGCUGUGUCGAACGGUCAAUCAUUGGACUCAUCCAUGGCUUUCUACUGCUUCCCGUGUUACUCUCCUUCAAUCUGUGUUUCAAGCUCUUCCUAUUUAUCGUGGUUUUGUGCAGACUGCUCCUAGGUAUUUUCUCAUGGAAUUUAAUGCCUUAUCUCGUCAAUUCCUCUGCAUUGGUAACUUGCAUUCUUCGAAGUAG